AAGUUUUUAAAAAUUCAUUUAAUGAUCUUAGCUGUAAUGUUUACUUUGGGAUCUAAAAUUCUGACUCAUAAUUUCUAACUGGGCUUCCAUAAUUUAUACUGAGGCACUCACUGAACUUUACUGUUACAUUUUCUUUUGGGAAUCCCAUAAAGACCAAUCAGGCCUUCAGCAGUGUAUGUAAGCGAGAAAGCACGCGCGCGCGCGCACACACGCACGGUAGCGGCUGCAGGCUGCAUCCUUCCUCUCCAGCAGCUUCUUGUUUGCACGGAGCUGCAUCUCACUGAACGCGGCUUCUGCAGCCUCCGACGGCCACGCAUGCAACGGUGCAACGGCGGUUGAUCGAUUCCUGUAUCGGAAAAUAAUCCAUAGCCGCAUGGUGACGUCACGCCGCUGAUCGGUAAUAGUGGCUGGGCGGGUUGGUUGGUGGGCGGGUGGUUGGGUGCCGCGCGGACGACAGGGGUAGAUGGGUGCAUUGAAACCUCACACCGGAUAAAAAAAAAAGAGAAAAUACUCUCAGUUAGAAUAUAUUGCACGAGGAGUGUGUGGUCGUGCACGGAACUGUUUGCUGUUUGUUUUGUUUAUUUGUCGCGUGGGAAAUGUAGUAGCUGUCACGGUCGCCUGUAGGAGGAGGAUGGAUGCGUAACAGGACGGAUCGAGCCAGCUGUGGCCUGCUUCUAACAGCAACAUCUGGCCGGGUCAGAGAGGGCGCCUCAGCAGCCAGCCGGCUCUGGACUAUAUCGGGGAGGUGGAGGCGAUGGAGGAGGGGGACGCAGAGGGGGAAGGGCCCAUGGCGGUCAGAGAGGGGCCGAGUGAUCGUGGCCUCCUGCCGGAUGCCAGCACCACCACCACCAACAACCUCCUGGCUUCUGUCAAAGAGCAGGAGCUCCAGUUUGAGCGGCUGACUCGGGAGCUGGAGGAGGAGCGGCAGAUCGUGGCGAGCCAGCUGGAGAGGUGCAUGCUGGGAGCAGAGUCGCCGGGGGGAGACAGUAGCAGCUCAUCUGAGAAGUCGUUUGCAUGGAGAUCUGCAGAUGCUUCGGCAGGCGGAGAGUCGCAGGGCGGAGUCAUGGAGGCGUCUGGUCGCCACCUGGAGGCGGAGGAGGGACUCUACCUGCCUGAACCGGACCGCGCCUCCCUGCAUGACAGUGAGGGCUCAGGAGGUCACUCAGCUCAGAUGACUUCAUAUUCAGACAGCGGCUACCAGGACAGCAGCAUUAGUUAUUACAGCAACCAGAAUGUGGUGCGUUCAGAGCCCCGGGCCUCGAUAUCGAGAAGCCCAAGAGCUGAGGGUCAAGCUUCUGGGCAGGCCUCUAGCCGGGUGUUACGGAGGAUGGCCUCUCUCCCCUCCAGGAGCCAGUCUCCUGGCUGCGGCACCGCCGGCACUGUCUCUCCCUCCCGCAUCUCCCUGCGGACAUCCCAAGGCAGCACCUACGACUCACCCAUCCUCUCUGAGCCCAAACCUCUAGCGGCCGUGUUCCCCGGCACCACCAUGCCGCCCUCCUGCCCGUCACCGACCUCGCCGACCGGCGGCACACAGGCUCUGGGUGGUGGGGGAGUUGGGUUAGGAGGAGGAGGAGGUGGGCGGCUGGGCUCCACCCUCUCUCUGGUGGAGGGGAGGGGUUUGACGGGGUCACCGCUGCGUUCGGGGAUGACGGCGGUGCCGCAGCACUACGGCUCCACACUGCCCAGGCAGAGCCAGCCGCUGGCCUACGGAGCUGAUCCAUAUGGCCUGUACCAGAGGAGCGCACUGCCCCGCCCCGACAGCCUCAUAGGGCUCCACAGCUCCUACGCCAGUCAUGCGGGGCAGAUAGAUCCAGAGCUGAGGGCAGCGUUGUCUCCAGACUGCCACAUGACGCCCGUUUUUGAUGAACGCUCCUUCCACAGCCCCCUGUACCACAGCCCCACCCACGACCCCCAGGGCUCCCUCUACAGGACAAACACAGGUAUGGGGACUCUCCCUCGGACCACAAGCCAUUGCGGCACGCUGCCGUACCAAAGAAGCAGCUACGGGCUGAGCUCUGCAGCUCUGUACGUCGACUCCUACAGGGUCUCCGGUGAACCCGUCUACUCCCACCGGCACUCGGGACUGGUGGACCGGGUCGCUACACGCACCCCGUCCAUCGAGAGCAUACACAAGGACCCCAGGGAGUUUGCUUGGCGUGACCCCGAGCUGCCGGAGGUCAUCCACAUGCUGCAGCAUCACUUCCCCUCCGUCCAGGCCAAUGCAGCCGCCUACCUGCAGCACCUGUGCUAUGGAGACAACAGGGUCAAGGUGGAGGUGUGUCACCUGGGUGGGAUCCAGCACCUGGUAGACCUGCUAGAUCACAAGGUCUCAGAGGUUCAGAAGAGCGCCUGCGGGGCCCUGAGGAACCUGGUUUACGGCAAGGCCACGGACAACAACAAGGUUGCGCUGAGGAAUUGCGGCGGCGUGCCGGCCCUGCUACGCCUCCUCAGGAAAACAACCGACAACGAAGUUCGUGAGCUGGUCACUGGCGUCCUGUGGAACCUCUCCUCGUGCGACGCGGUGAAGAUGACCAUCAUCCGCGACGCUCUGACCACACUGACCAACACGGUCGUCAUCCCCCACUCAGGCUGGAGCAGCACCUCACACCGCGAUGAACACAAAGUCAAGUUCCAGUCCUCCCUGCUGCUGCGCAACACCACCGGCUGUCUGAGGAACCUGAGCUCAGCAGGGGAGGAGGCGAGGAGUCAGCUGCGUUGCUGUGAAGGUCUGGUCGACUCGCUGCUCCACGUCCUCAAAGCCUGCGUCAACACCUCCGACUACGACAGCAAGAUCGUGGAGAACAGCGUCUGCACCCUGAGGAACCUGUCGUACCGGCUGGAGGUGGAGAUGCCCUCCUCUCGUCUCCUCAGCAACCAGGAGCUGGACACCCUGCUGGGCUUCUCCUUUCCAGCCAAGGAGCUGGACUACCUCUGCUGGGGCAAGAGGAGGCGUGGCAGGAAGCGUGGCGGCUGGCCCGACGAAAAGUGGGACGACGUCGGGCAGAUCCCAGGUUUCUCUCAGCCUCUGAGAGGAGCGGAGCUGCUGUGGCACCCGAUGGUGGUGAAGCCGUACCUCAACCUGCUGGCUGAAAGCUCCAACCCCGCCACGCUGGAGGGUGCUGCCGGGUCACUGCAAAACCUCUCUGCUGGAAACUGGAAGUUCUCUGCCUACAUCCGAGCGGCAGUGCGUAAGGAGAAAGGUCUGCCCAUCCUGGUGGAGCUGCUGAGGAUGGACAACGACCGAGUCGUCUGCUCCGUCGCCACAGCUCUCCGCAACAUGGCGCUGGACAGCCGCAACAAGGAGCUGAUAGGAAAGUACGCCAUGCGGGAUCUGGUGAAUCGACUGCCAGGCAGCAGCCCGUCAGUGCUGUCGGACGACACGGUGGCGUCGGUCUGCUGCACGCUGCACGAGGUCACCAGCCGCAACAUGGAGAACGCCAAAGCUUUAGCUGACAGUGGGGGCAUCGAGAAGCUGGUGGACAUCAGCAAAGGACGAGGGAAAGGGUAUUCCAUGAAGGUUGUGAAGGCAGCAGCUCAGGUGUUGAACACACUGUGGCAGUACAGGGAGCUGAGGAGCCUCUACAAACAGGAUGGAUGGAACUACACCCACUUCAUCACCCCCGUCUCCACUCUGGAGCGAGAUCGCUACCGUUCGCAGCCGACCCUGCCCACCAGUCCUCUGCAGAUGUCCCCCGUCAUCCAAUCAGGUGGUAGUGCAACAUCCUCACCAGCGAUGCUCGGGAUAAGAGGACACAGUUCAAACUAUCAGAGGGCGCAGUCAUCUAUGCAACUCGACACCUAUUAUGGAGACAACAGUUUACACAAACGGCAGUACACAGGGUCUGAGAAGAAAACCCCAUAUUUCAUUGGGACAUAUUCUUCCCAGUCAGGAGAGGAUUUGAGAAGGUCCCAGCACCCAGAGCCAUUUUAUGACGAACCCGACAGGAAGAACUACAACAGCUACAGAAUGUACCUGUCGUCCCCACAAGGCUACGGAGAGGAGCAGUACGAGGACGAACCGGUCCACCUGACCCCGUCCUCCCCCGAAGGCUACGCCAACCAGUCGCUCCGAUUCAAAGCCAACACCAACUACGUGGACUUCUACUCCACCACACGGAGGCCUUCAAACAGGGCGAACAAGUUCACCGGCUCCCCUGACUCCUGGGUGUAGAUACAAAAUGGACACCGUGUAGGUCAAGCUUCGCAGUUUUGGCCAUCUGUUUCCGUGGGUGUUUGUGUGUGGGGAGUGCACGUGGGUGAGUGCGUUGUAUGGUUGUGUGAAAGGCUGAGGAUGCAUGUGAAUGUGUGCACAUUCUGUGUUGACACUGUACUGAAUGACCAGGGCUUGGUUUGCUACGUGCAGCUUUUGACUAAGUUAGAACAUGUGCUCAAUAAUGCAGAUAAAUACGAACUACUCCUUUAUUAUUGGCCUUUUUUUCCACACUAAAAAAAUAUUCUGUUAGAAAAAAAUUGGAGAUCUCAAGUUUAAAGCUUCUCUUCUCUUUAAAACUUCUCUUUAACAUGAUUCUGAAAUGACUGCCAGGUGGCCUAACAACCCAUGUGUGACCGUACAUGACCCUGCAGAGGUUGCAAGUGUGUGAAAACCAGGGGAGUGAAGUGGAGACGUUUCUCAGAUAAGAGGCAAGAAUCUAAAGUUAGUCUAAUUUCCUUUGAUGUUAGAUUUCAGCUAUGUCUGCAUUGUUAUGAACAUGGACUUUGCAUCUUUUCCACUGUAACUGAGCAGCACAAAGAUGGACAUAGUCAAAAGAUGCUGUUUGAGAAAACCCAGCCCUAACUUUGUCGUUUACCAGAGUGUUUGUUACCGUCAACUGAUUUCAUUUUUCUCUGCAGUAAAAGUGUGCAGUGUGUUGGCUUUAUAACAUAAAUAUCGUCUGCCAGCAUCAUCUUGAAUGCGAGAGAAAAAGAAGUUAUUGAGGCUGAGGAUUCUGUAAAAAAAAAAAGAAAAAAAAAGAAAGAAAAAAGAUCAGACCUGGGCCAAAUACUAUUUACCAGUAAUUCUUGGCACUUGCUGCAGUAAAUAAAACCACUACUGUUUUUAUCCAAACAGGAUAAAAGUCACUCUCAAAAUUAUUUUUAAAUAUUAUUUGACCAAGGUUUGGAGAAGAGAAGCUUAACUGAUGAGCAUCCUCACCCUUAGGAACCUUUAAAGACUCACAGAAAUCAGGGUUACACCGGUAACCCUUUGCUUUUCUGUAAUGUUGGCCAAAAGUGCAGUAUAUCAUAAAGUAUGUGAAAUAUGUGACAAAAACAUGUGAAAAUCUAUUUGUACAGAUACAAUGGUUUAACCGUCCUGUUACAUUGUUGUAUUCAAUAUGUAGAACUUUAUAUGUGAUUGUGUGGAGAAGAUUUUUCUAUUAUUUAUUGAUUAUUUUUAUUAAUUUACUUGUGACCUGACCAAAAUACCCCAUCUGUCUGUUCUGUCCAAAACCGAUGAUGAUGAUCAUGUGCAAUGUUACAGAGGGAAAUAUAUGUAUAGGGAUUAAAGAUUAUAUCAUGACGAUA